AUGGUUUUUGUUUUUGAUUUCGGUCGCAAAAUUUUUAAAGAGUCUAAAAGCUUUUAUAGCUUACGAUUAACAACCGCUGCAGUAGUCAUACUUUUGUAUCUCGCAUAUUUAUCAUUUUUAAUCUAUGAAAUUGUAACCGAUGUUCCGCUUUUACAAGCUAGUCUUGAAUAUUUGGAUAUCAUCCAAGUUCCAGACAUUGAAAUAUGUGGUUAUAUGAGCGAUAUCGAAAUUAGUAAAUGUGUAUUCACAUGGCGAGACUGGACUACAUCAUCUUAUGAUCUAUGUUAUAACACAAAUGAAUCAUUGCCAUAUAUUUAUGCUGGACCAAGACCGGAAACGAGCUCCAGCUACUGUUAUCUAUUCACGGGAAACCGUACACUUUACUAUUUGAUGCCUACUCUCACUAAUGCCGAUCCGCAUUCUGUGAAUCAUAUUGACUUUUAUUUUCGAUUCAAAAACUUGACUAGUGCUAUUUCAUCGGUUAUUUCAGUAGCGACAAUUAGUGCACAGCUUUAUGAUCCUGAUUUUAAUCCGCUAUGGGGAAAAGCUGAAGCGAUAACAACAGUUGAUAAAUUCGUGCAAGCUGAAUGGGGACUUCAAUAUAACUCAUUUGCUGGCAUAUACAAUUAUUCAACACAAGUAAGGUUCAAGAAAUCGACAAUUAGAUCGAUUUUAAAAAGUGAUAUCGGUGCUGUUUUCGGGAUGAAUCCAAAGUACCAUAACACAUCUUACUUAGAAACUACGUCUGCGUAUUAUCCGUUACAUCCAAGUCCCGAUUUUCAAUUUAAUGAGACACAUGGACAUUUUGCUGUUGGUGUUGGGAGCUUUGUACAAGAUUUACAAACUGAAAAAAGAGGCCAUACUAUUCUUGGAGCGCUUGGUGUAGCAGGCGGUGCCUUUGGCGCCAUAGGUGGUAUUUACAUUAUAUUAUUUGGUCAACCUAGAACGAAGCCUUGGGGUCUAAUGCACAGAGUAGCAAAGCAUGAAGUAGCUCGAAACGCAGACAUAAGCAACCUGCCAUUUGUAACUCCACUAAUCGAUCCUUCACAACCAUAUCAAUCGGCCGACCAGCGGGUAUCCCGUCUCGAGAAUCGGUUUCAGGAAUUAGAAGUGUUAUUGUCUGAUUACUUCGUUGACGCUUCGCCGUUAAAAAAACUAAGGCAUCGACGGAAUAGUUCUAGCAAUUGA